GUCCAUUCGAAGGAGGAUCUGGGCCGCGAAUGGGACAAAUACAUUGAAUGUCUUCUCCGCAACACGAGCGAUCUUCACCGCAUCUUCAACUCCUUGUGGGCCUUGGAUAAAACAAAAGUCGAACCCCUUUUGUUGCUGAAAGCAGCCCUGAUUCUGCAAAGUUGCCAAAGGGUCACCCACGUUUUGGGAGGAUGCAUCCUCUUCCGCGGCCUGGUCGUCAGCACUCAACUUCCUCCCGACCUCACCGCAAAGGUCAUGAUCCAAGACCAGGAAGAGGAAAUACAGGAAGGUCAAUUACCUCCCGGCGUCCGGAUACUUCCUGUUUUCCUCUCCAAACAGGAAGUGGCCGACCUCCGUGACCUCGCCCUCGAAUGGACUUCCGGAGAGCAAGAGGUCAAUGUCGAGGGCUCCUCCCCUUUGACCCCGGAUGACCCUUGCCCCGGAAGUGACCCCUCUUCCUCUUCCUGUUCCUUGGAGCGAAUAACCUUGUACGUCCAUUGUGUCCGGAGCGUGACCCUUGCCCUUUUGGCCGAAGAAACUUUCAGUGACCCCGAAAGCGUGUUCCAGAGCAGCUUGGCGUCAUUGAACGGGCUGGAGGUCCAUUUGCGUGAGACCCAGAUCCAAGAUGGCCGCCCCCACGCCAAGGCCCCGCCCUCCUACACCUUCGGCCAUUUUGACUCCACCCAGAGGAUCCUCACCAGCAACUUCCUGCCUUGGGACCGCCCCUUCCUGCGUGCCGCCAGCCGCAUCCACGACAAUUUCGAGCAAGUUUCCUCCGCCUCCGAAAUCUCCGUCAGGAGUCCUGGUUGCUCUGCUUUUGCGCUGCGAGGUCCGCUCUUGCUCCAGGAAGCCUAUUAUUUCCCCGCCGGACCCCCGAAUUUGCCGACCUCCGGUCCCGGCCCGUCCUCGUCUUUUGGGGGUCCGGACCCCAAGGACCCCCUUUUCCUUUUGCCCGGAAAAGCCAAGCAGAAGCUCCUCAAACACGGGUUCAACCUCCUCUGAAAAACCCUCAAUAAAAAUAUUAUUAUUCUUA